AUGGAGCACGAUAUUGUGAACACUAAAUUCAAAGAAAAUAGAGUAAGUUCAGCGUAUGCUGAAAUAUACUUGGAUGAUGAUUACUGCUCCAAAAAGUAUUUACCAUCAGAACCAGUAAGUAAAAUCGGGAAAGGAAAAAGGAACCGAAGGGAAACCAUUAAACAAAAAGAAGGUAUUAUUGGUGAUUGGAUUUCACCUAGUGACUUACUUAUUGGAAUUAUCGACUUGAAGCCUCCUUUCACUUCAAAGAUCAACCGAGGGAAAACUCAUGAAGGAAUCCUACACAUUGGAAAUACAGUCCUGGAACAUGAACGUGCGAGAUUUCUUAAAAGUCUUUCUGAUUUAAUUCGAGAAAAUAAUUCUUCUUGGCAACAUAUACUCAAACACGAGAAAGAAGCUGUUGUAAAAAGAGUAAAACAAAUAUAUGAAAACAUUUUUAAGCAAAAAAGUAAAAUAAUGACUGAUGAAAUUGCAAGAUUUUAUGAAGAGACUUUAGAAGAAUUGGAAGAACAUCUAAAAUCGGAGAUUCAACCUGUUUUGAAAAGUGCUCAUGCAAACAUAAUUUCUACUUUGAAUAAUGAUAUCAAACAAAAACUUAGAAAGGAGAAAAGAAAAUUAGAAGAUGUCUUAAGAAAAAGACUUUUGAGUGAGGUAAAAAAAAUUGAUACGUACUAUAAUUUGCUUUAUCGGAAUGAGUUAUCCCGGAAUGAAAAUAUCAUAUGUGAGGCUUUGCAUGAAAGAAACAACGCCAUUCAAGCGUUUCUAAAGUUAGUUGAAGCUGAAAAAUUUACCACUUCUAUGUAUGUAAUGAGUCUCGAAAGAAAAAAAUGUAAAAUAAAAAAGAUGCUAUUAAGAAGACACCAUAACGCUGAAACUUUAGAAAAAUUGUCCCAAUUGAGAGAAAAGAAAGAUAUUGCUGAUAGUUUAAGAGAAAGAGAAGUUAAUUUCUCCAAAUUAAAUGAAGAAUGGGAGGAAAAAAUUAAGAAAGUACUACAACUCUUUCUUAAGUUUAUAAGUUUUUCCCUAAAACUGUUGCCUGAACAAUCGACUUUCUUACUUGAUUUUGAAAAGAUGGUAAUUUUACAAUUAAACGAAAUUCAAAAAGACCACGAACAUGCUCCCUCCAUUCUCAUAGAUGAAACCGAACUAAUUAAUACCUUUAAGUUCACCCAACACGAACAAGAAGAAUAUGAAUGUGAUAAGGAACCAUUUAUUUUAAUUGGAGAUCUAUCUGAUCCUAUCCCUCCACGUUAUGGCAGCAGAGAAACUCUGGAAUCGAAUGUAGAGUUGCCGUUUAUUAGGCUGCAACGACAGUACAUGUACGCUAAAUGUUAUGAAUAUAAGGAGAUAAAGAAGUUUCUAAAAUCUCAAAUUUGUAGAUGUCAUAAAAUGCCUUCACCAUCACCGUCGAAGUCAGCAAUUGAUGAAGACAAGGUCCCUAUUGAGGAAAUUCAUAUACCACCCGUAGAGACUGUAUCUUCUGAUGAGUUAUUACUUUGUGAAGAUUUUAAGCGCUUGAAUGAAUGUCCAGCUCGAAAGUGUACGGAAAUGAUUAAAACUGAUUCUUUUCCAUUAUUGCCGUCGUAUAUGGAUUUCUCUGAAGAUAAUUACAGACGUGUCACAGCCAUAUUAAAUAAGACUCCAGAUGGAAAAGUGACACCUGAAAUGGUGCAGCCAAAAGAAGUAGUUUACAGGGAAUUACCGUUUUCUGUCACUAAAGAACGAUCUCGCAAUGUUGAAACACAAUAUUCUAGUCAGGAAACGAUCAACGAAGAAUUAAAUGUCCCAUGUACUUGUACUUGCAACGAACCUGAUGUUGCGAAAGGAAUAGAUAGUAUCACUAAAUGGAGAGCUGUUUCCAAUGACAUGAAUAUUGCGCUUAAUAAAAGGAAAAUUUCUUUACAACGGUUAAUGCAGGAGCGACCGAAUUUAUUACAAUUAUUUACAGAGGAAAAUUAUGACUAUAAAAUUGGGAAAUUAAUAAUACCUUAA